AUGAGUGUAGACUCGGACCCAGUGGUCCUUGUCUCCGUAGCGUGCACCAUCAUAGGCUCUUUCGAUGGUGCCCUAUCCACCGUUCCUGUCCAUGACCUGGGCUCAGCUGUCAUCAGAGAGGUCCUGAAAAGGGCGCUGUGGCUCCCGAAGAGGGAAGUCCUAUUUGGACACAUUUUGGCAGUAGGCUGUGGGCAGAACCCUGUUCGACAGGCCAAUGUGGGUGCCGGAAUCCCCUACUCUGUUCCAGCGUGCAGCUGCCAAAUGAUCUGUAGGUCAGGUCUGAAAGCUGUGUGUCUCGCAGCCCAGUCGAUAAGGAUAGGAGACUCCAGCAUUGUUGCAGGAGGCAUGGAAAAUAUAAGCAAGGCUCCUCAUUUGGCUCACUUGAGGACGGGAGUCAAGAUUGGGGAAAACCCACUGACCGACAGCAUACUCUGUGGCGGGCUCACUGACGCAUUCCACAGCUAUCAUAUGGGCAUUACAGCCGAAAGAGCCAAACAAUGGCAAGUGAGUAGAGAAGACCAGGCCAGGGUUGCAGUGCUGUCCCCAAACAGGACGGAGAAUGCACAGAAGGCCGGCCGUUUUGACAAAGAGAUCGUACCCGUUUUUGUAUCUUCUAAAAAAUGUCUUACUGAAGUUAAAACAGAUGCGUUUCCUCACCAUGGGAGCAACAUGGAAGCCGCGUCUAAGCUAAAGCCUUGCUUCCUUAUGGAUGGAACGGGAACAGUCACACCGGCUAAUGCCUCAGGAAUGAAAGAUGGUGUUGCAGCAGUGGUUCUUAUGAAGUCUGAAACUGGCAGCUGUGGGCUCACACUCUUAGCACAGAUAGUUUCCUGGGCACAAGCAGAUGUGGAGCCUUCCAUUAUGGGAAUAGGACCAGUUCCAGCAAUAAAGCAAGCUGUUGCAAAAGCAGGGUGGUCACUGGAGGAUGCUGAUGUAUUUGAAAUCAGUGAAGCCUUUGCAGCCCUGUCUGUUGCAAUAGCUAGAGAACUUGGUUUAAAUCCAGAGAAGGUCGACACUGAAGGAGGAGCCACAGCCCUGGGCCAUCCUCUUGGAGCAUCUGGCUGUCCUAUUCUUGUCACCCUCUUACACACACUGGAGCACAAGGGUGGACAUCGUGGUGUUGCUGCCCUGCGUGAGGGUGGAAACUACCUUCCACUUCACAAGAAAUGCAAGACUUCGACAGCCUAUUGCACUUUAAUGUGUAAUAUUCGAGGUACAAACAAGCUGCAUCUAACAUUGUUAUAA